AAUUCAUUUAUUCAUUUGUUGGAUUUGAAAUGCCAGAUAAUAGGAUUGGAAAACAUGUGAGUGAAAAAAAAGUGGGACGCUUUUGUCUUCUGGAAGCAGCAGCGAUCCUUGUUAGUUGCAACCUGUGCCACAGCGCUACAGCCAUGACAGUAGGCGUCUUUGUGUUACCAUGGCGAUGACGUCUUCCGUUUUCCGGUGAGGCGACAGGGCGUCCCAUUCCUGACGAUCGUAUUUAUACCCUCCCCCUUCAAUAAUAGGUGCCCUCCACAGCUGCGAGUGUGACUUCUUUUGGAGUGACACUCGGUAGUGGAGGGGGAGUGUGUAGGGGGGGGGGUUGGGAUUCAGCCGUUUAGUGCCAUCGUGCAUGAGGGAAAUACACAUAGAGAUAGGAAACAUGUUAGUUCUUUAACAUGAUUGGCUGUUUGUUUCAUCUCCUCCUGUGAUUGGCUGUCUGAUCCGUCCUGUUGCUCUUCCCCCCGCCCCCUCCUGGUGCCACUUCCUGGUUAACGGAACCGGAGCCGCUGAAACUCACCGACAGCAGGCGGAGUCUAACCCCGGCUCACUGCACCUGCUCCCCGGACAGAGCAGCGGGAAGCAACCGGGACCGAAGCACCUCCAGCGGCCAGGAGCAGCGCCGACACACGGUGAAGGCCGGACACGGAGCUCCGAGCCUCCCGGUGGGGUCUGUGGGGUGAAACGUUUGGCUGGAGACCCCAUCAGGGACCCAGAGGGUCUGGCCGUCCUGGUUGGUCCAAAGUGUAUGAGGUCAGGAUCUGGUUGAGGAUCUAAUCCUGUAAGAGGCUUAGCGGCUAAGUUUGGCACUGCCCUGUAAAGCUCUGCACCAUGAUGCAGAUCUGCGACUCCUCCAACCAGAAGAACUCACUCUUCACCGCUAUGACCCGCUUCAUCGGCGCCGUCAACAACAUGGACCAAACGGUGAUGGUGCCCAGCCUGCUGCGGGACGUCCUUUUGGAUGACGGCGCUGAGUCCAAGCCGGGUUCCUCCUUCUUCCACCACGACAUGUACAGCUCCUACGUCCUGCUCAAGUCCAUCAGGAACCACAUGGAGUGGGGCGUCCUGCAGGGAGACCAACGGCGGCGGGACAAAGACGACGUGACGGAAGACGACGAUCUGGAGAAACAGUUCCACUUCCACCUGAACGGACUCCACACCGUCCUGUCCAAGCUGACACUGACCGCCGACACGCUGACCAACCGCUACAAGGAGGAGGUCGACUGCAGGAAGUGACACCAACCAACCAGGUCCACUUCCUGUCAGCUCCAGGAACUGACAGAAAGUGACCACAAGCCAACCAGGUCCACUUCCUGUAAGCUAAAGGAACUGACAGGAAGUGACCACAAGCCAACCAGGUCCACUUCCUGUCAGCUCCAGGAAGGGACCACCCACCAACCAGGUCACUUCCUGUCAGCUCCAGGAACUGACAGAAAGUGACCACAAGCCAACCAGGUCCACUUCCUGUAAGCUAAAGGAACUGACAGGAAGUGACCACAAGCCAACCAGGUCCACUUCCUGUCAGCUCCAGGAAGGGACCACCCACCAACCAGGUCCACUUCCUGUAAGCUAAAGGAACUGACAGGAAGUGACCACAAGCCAACCUGGUCCACUUCCUGCUAGAUCCAGGAAGUGACCACCCACCAACCAGGUCCACUUCCUGUCAGCUAAAGGAAGUGACAGGAAGUGACCACCCACCAACCAGGUCCACUUCCUGUAAGCUAAAGGAAGUGACAGGAAGUGACCACCCACCAACCAGGUCUACUUCCUGCCAGCUCCAGGAACUGCCAACUGUUUAGAUUCUCCAUCAGUCAGCUGUUUGUUUGGUCCAAACAUCUUCAGAUCACUGAUGAAAGAAAUUACUCUUUCCUCAUGAUCCAAACAUUGCUUUAACGGUUUUCUGAUGUUAAACUAACGGAUUAAUGAUGAACAUCGUUUUAUUUAUUCACCCGUUAAAACUCUGAAACAGAAAUAUUCAGUCAAUUGAACGUUUUUAACAUUUUCUCACCAAACAUUCAAACCAGUCACAUCUGCACCUGAACUUUUCUGUUAAAACAGGAACCAAAGAACCCAUCGGACGUUCUGCUCCUUUUACUGUUCGGUUCUUUCCUGUUUAGUUUUGACUCUGAGAACCUUUGAACGGUUUCUAACCUGACCAAGUGCUGAGAUUUUAAAAACUCUGAACUUAUGUUGCUUCGAUUCCGAUGUCUCUGAAUCCGUCUGACGUCCACAAACAUGGUGGAAGAUGUCAAAGUGUCCUUGAAGCAGCAGAAACUAGACGCUGGAUGAAGGUUUCUGCAGAUUGUUUCACUCUGUCUGUUCCUCACCUGCUUUUCUUUGCACUUUUUCUCUCGUAUUUUCGUGCUGCAGAUUCCAAACUAUGCAAACAUCGACUCACCAAAUGCUUUGAUUUUUAUGUGAACUCAAGAAAACGUGUUGAUUUCUUCUCCUACAAAGUUCAGAAGCAUAAGAACAUUUCAGGUUGAAGUGAAGAAACAGAUUUACUGCAGAGUUUAUGAUGUUUAUAUAAGAUGGAAGUUCUUCACUUGGAGCUUCUGAAAAUCAGGACUUUCUGUUUUCAAAUUGGUGGUUUUAGACAUUUUAUAGACAAAGUUUCUUCUGAAAACACUUUGAUAUUUGGAAAUGACAGAACUGAAGAUAGUCCCAGAAACAUUCAUUCAUUGUUCCACUAAGUUGAAAACCACGUUUAACGAACCCGAAUCUCAAUGAUGAGAACCAGCCAGAAACAUUGCAGAUGAAGCUUUAAUCUGGAAUAAAUGGAGUCGCUGACAUUUUUUUAUUAGCAAACUGUGUCUAAAAGUCUGAAUGUUUCUGUUUAAUGUUCUGCUUGGAAAUUAAAGGUCUGCUGAAUAUUUUCUGUUUUAAUAAAUUCUGAGAUAAUCAAA